AUGUCGAAUGGAUUUGACGCCGAAGGUGACAACAAGAAAAAGAAAAUGGCCUUAGUAGGCGUCUCUUCUCUGUUCCUCGUGGCCAUGGUCGUUGCCGUUACCGUUGGCGUUAACAACUCCUCUCACAAAGGUGAAGGUCUCGGCGACGGUCAUGGUGACGGAGCCGGAGAAAUUUCUUCAUCGACAAAAGCAAUUCAAACUAUUUGUCGGCCAACCGAUUACAAAGAAACAUGCGAGGAGAGUUUAAUGUCUGAAGGCAGUAACACAACUGACCCUAGAGAGCUUGUAAAAAUCGGCUUCAAAGUUUGCAUGGACCAACUUAACUCGGCGAUUAGAAAUUCCACCACGCUUCAAGCAUUAGCCAAAGAACCAAGAACCAACCAAGCCCUUCAGAAUUGUCGCGAGCUUCUAGAAUAUGCUAUCGACGAUAUAACCGAUUCAUUCAACCGAAUCGGCACCUUUCAAAUGGCUAAACUCGACAAAUUCGUCGAGGAUUUGUCUGUCUGGUUAAGUGGGGCCCUUACUUAUGAACAAACAUGUUUGGAUGGUUUUGAAAACACCACCGGUGAUGCCGGUGAACAAAUGAAGAAGUUUUUAAAGUCAGCUCAAGAAAUGACAAGUAACGGUCUUGCAAUUGUAACUGAAUUGAAGAACAUGUUGGGAUCGUUGCAAGGAUCCAAAAAGGGGCGUCGGUUGUUGGCCGGCGAUGAAGUGCCGUCGUGGGUUACCGACGAAAAGAGGCGGCUGAUGCAGCUGCCUACGGCGGCGAUCACACCGAAUGUGGUGGUGGCGCAGGACGGAAGUGGAAAAUACAAGACGAUUAAUGAAGCGUUGGUUGAGGUGCCGAAGAAGAGCAAUAUAACCUUUGUGAUUUACGUUAAGGCUGGAAUUUAUAAGGAAACUGUUCUUAUUCCUAAGGCUUUGACUCAUGUUACAAUGUACGGUGAUGGCCCGACCAAAACCGUCGUGUCUGGUGGUUUGAACUUCGUCGACGGCAUUCAAACCUUCAAGACAGCAACAUUCGCCGUUGUCGGAGCCAAUUUCUUCUGUCGAGACAUGGGGUUCGAGAACACCGCUGGCUCGGCGAAACAUCAAGCCGUGGCGCUUCGAGUCCAAUCUGACAGAUCAAUUUUCUUCAACUGUCAAAUGGACGGCUACCAAGAUACUCUCUACGCCCAAACUCACCGUCAGUUCUACCGUGACUGCAAAGUCAGUGGCACCAUUGACUUUGUUUUUGGGAACUCAGCCGCCGUCUUCCAAAACUGCAGUUUGGUCGUCCGUAAGCCACUGGCUAACCAACAAUGCAUUGUCACGGCUCAAGGCCGGCUCGAGAACCGCGAACCGACAGGUCUUGUUUUCCAAAACUGCCAUUUCAUGGGGGACCCGGCUUACUUGCCAUUCAAAGCCGUGAACAAAGCCUACUUGGGCCGUCCCUGGAAGCAAUUUUCACGAACCAUUAUUAUGGGUUCUGAAAUUGACGAUUUAAUUCAGCCUGAGGGAUGGCUGCCGUGGAUGGGCGAUUUUGGGCUGAACACAUUGUUCUACGCCGAGUUUCAGAACAAAGGACCGGGAGCUGACCUGACCAAUAGAGUGAAGUGGAAAGGAAUUAAAACUCUUACGCCGCAACAGGCCGCCGAUUUCACUCCUAAGAUUUUUAUCGACGGCGAUGAUUGGAUUUUGAACACGGGAGUUCCGUACUCUCCUGGAAUGAUGUGAUAAGGGAACCAAUAUGGCUGAUUCUGCCACUUCAGCAUUUAAAUCUGAUUAAAUGUAACCGUUGCAAAUCGGAUCCGACAAAUAAAUU